AUGAUUAACCGCCUAAAGUUUAAUUCAAAAAAGAAAGAAGUAAUGCAAAGACAAGACAAGAAAAGACAAGACAGGGCAGGACAAGAAAAACAAAAGGCAGGAAAGGGCAAGAACCAAAAGGGAGAUGCGGAAGACGGCGGUGUGAUACGGGGAAAACGGUUAAAAAUCAAGCGGUUUUAUCUGUCUAGUCUAGUCCAGCAUAGUCUAGUUUGUACUGAGCGGGCUAUUGACGGCGUUUUAUUCAAAGCCAAACCAGCAGAAAUAUAUAGUAAUAUACGCGUAUUCAGGUGUUACAGAAGAAUAAGGACAAACGAAGAUAAAGAUAAAGAGAAAUUCAUAAAAGGCCUUAUUGUUCAUCCGAAUAUUAUUAUUGGUAUUAGUAUUGGUAUUAGUAUUAGUAUUAGUAUUAGUAUUAUAUACAUUUAUUUAUAUAUAUAA